UCCUCCCUCCCCCCUCUCUAUCUCUCUUUGCCUCAUUUGUCUUCCCACUAUCUCACGCUCUUACUUUCAACGCUCCUCUCCUUCUGCUCAGCUAAAUACGCUAACAUUCUCUUUCUCUCUCUGUUCCCUUUCAUCAUCUUCCCUCUUCUCUCCCUAUCUUUCUCUUUCUCACUUCCCUAUCCAUCUCUCUCUUCCUUGCGCCUUCCGCGCUCGCGCGUGCAAGGUGCGCGAAACGGGUGCCUGUCAGCGCGAUCAACAGCAUCAAGAACAUAGGCAAACGCAGCGGUAACAUCAGCAACGAUCCGAGCCAACGGCAGCAGCCAGGAAACAUUUAAGCUUGGCCGCACCAGCGCCUCGCGCAACAUCUUCUAACUAUUUAUAAUUCCGUCAAACGCAAAGGGGAACGAAAACUGAAUGCGGCAUCGCGUACGGCCACCCAGGUCAGAAGAAAAGAGAUGUCGACGUGAGAUCGACGCUGGCUCGAGAAGCAUGCGUGACGCAGCCGCGCCUUUAAAUUAAAUUGAAGAAUGUGAUGAGUCAAUCGCGUGCGACAUCCUCACCAUCAUCAACAUCGUUGAUCAACGACGUCGUCCUAAAGCUCGAGGAUUCGGUCCCGUUUGGUUGACCGAACGAGCGGAUUUACCGAGUCCGAUUAUACGAAAUCGCGCGCGGAAUCUCUAUGGAGCGCGACAAAUUUUCUCGAUCGUAUCGCGCUCAUUCUUGAAAGUAAGGGUCGUCGGUGACGAAGAAUCUCCACUUCCUGUUCCUCUCUGUAGCUGGUCUCUCACAUCCGCGCACUCUCGCCUUUCUCUCUCUCUCUCUCUCUCUCUCUCUCUUUCUCUCCCCUUUCUCUCCUACCUCUCCGACUCGGCCGACCGACCAGUCGAUCCGCGCGCGCGGCUGUCCCGUUAAGAGAGAAGGGUGGAGGGCGCCGCGAGAGGGUGACAGUGGUGUAUCGCGGCGCGGGUGAUAUUAACGAAGAGGAUCGUCGAGGAAAAAAAAACGACGGACAAUCGGCAGCAGCGGGAAACGGAACAGAACGGGAAAUGGAUGAGAUAUCAUGCGCGACGUCGGCGACGUAACCCUCUACUCGUUGGGGUCCGUUGUACAGUGUCGUCGAGCGACGUCGCCAUCAUCAUCGACGUAGUAGCGCCUCGCCCGAUCGCGAGGCGAGGAAUCCGCUUGGCGGCUGAUUGUUCGGUGGUGCGCGUACCUAUGUGUCCGCCCGCGAGUCCGUGAAGGGGUUCGUGGGCUGAGCUGUUACGCGGUUUCGACUGAGGGGCACUGGUGCGCGCUGGGAGCAUGCGGGGUUCGGGCGAGGCCCGGCGAGGCGGCUCCGCGGGAGGACCGGGCUAAAGGAACGAUCGCAUAUCGGAAGGGACACUCGCGAACGCGGGCACGGUGCGCCCGCGGCCGUGCCCGCACCCGCACCCCCGCAUCUCGACGCCGCGUCGCCGGCCACGCGCCGAUUAGGUUGAUCCCGAAGACGCGGAAAGCGAGCUGGGCUCGCUUUCGAACGCAUGGAACAUGAUAGAGAUGUCGAGUGGACUCGGUGCAACCGCAAUGGGGAUCAGCGUUAGUCACGGAACAGGCGGCGAAGGUGUAGCUGGUGGUUGCCGCCUCCGUGCACAGAGCCAAGGUCAGGCCUCGGGGUCCACGAUGCAGCAUAGUAAUCCGCAACAAUCGUCUCAGCAGCAACAGCAACAGCAGCAGCAAUCGCAACAGCAACAGCAGCAGCAACAGGCGCCCGCGUCGCAACAGCAGUCGCAGCAACAGCAAGCGGCCGGAUUCACGGGCCGAUCGAAGAAGGACAACUGUUGCCUAUGGUGGUGCUGUUGCUGCCCAUGUAGUUGCCCGUGUAGGAAUAAAUGUUUGGCGGCAGUCGGCGGUAAUUCAACGGGUACUGGUGGUGCGGGUGAUCAGAGCAAGAAAAAGGGCAACGCCGGUGUCGCGGGCGAGCACGGCAGUGGCAUCAGCGUCACCGACUUCACGGGUACAGGUGCGGGUAACGGUCUCGAUGGACUCGACGGCCUCGACGGCGGUCUGGACCGCUGUAGCUUGGAGGAGGUCCGAGCAUGGGGCUCGUCUUUCGACAAACUGAUGAAGAGCGCCGCCGGCCGCAAGCUCUUCAGAGAGUUCCUCGUGAGCGAGUACAGCGAGGAGAACAUCGCCUUCUGGCUUGCCUGCGAGCAACUCAAGAGGGAGAGCAAUCCCGAGGCGAUCGAGGAGAAGGCGCGCUACAUUUACGACGAUUACAUAUCCAUACUUUCGCCAAAGGAAGUGAGUCUGGACUCGCGAGUGCGGGAAAUCGUGAAUCGCAACAUGUUGGAGCCUACGCCGCAUGCCUUCGACGAGGCACAGCUGCAAAUCUACACCCUCAUGCAUCGGGACUCGUAUCCGCGUUUUAUCAACAGCGAGAUUUACCGGAGGGUGGCCAGAGUGCAAAGCAGCGGCUCGCCCAGCCCGAGCACCGGGCAGGAGCACAGUGGGAAGGCGAAAAGCAAACGAGGGGCGACGUAAUCGUGAUCGUGAUGGUCCAGAGACGUCGGGAGCGCGGACCAAGACCUCUAAAAUCAAGCACCUUCAUCAAAGCCACAAUCGGCCGAACCGUUCGGUAAGGGUUCGGAAACACCCUCCUCGUCGGAAAGCCACCGUCGAGGCGAGGAAUCGUCCGAGCGGACAUGGCUGACGAAGCUGAUCCCUCGUAGGAGGGAAUCUCCAUCCCCACGGGUGGACGACGAGCUUUCUGGUCGCGUCAGAUUGCUCGCACGGAAGCCGGGAGCUUGUUCAGUGAUUCGCUCUUCCAUGCGAAGGCGCAACGGGGCCAUGUAAUCGCGCUCGCCAUUGCACGCGAGCCAUUACGACACCGAUGAUGAUGAUGAUGAUGAUGAUAAUGAUGAUGAUGAUGAUGAUGAUGAUAAUGAUUACGAUGGACUAAACGACGAGAUCGCGAUCGCGGUCGGUCGCGUAGAUUACAAAUCGCGGCGUUCCAUUUUCAGGGGUUCGGCGCAGAGCGCAUGCACAUGGGAUGGUGGAUUGUAGCCGGAGAAAGGAAGGUCACGCGAUCGCACGGGGAUGGCGGACACCAACGCGAACACCAUCGAUCCUCCCGUGUCCAUCGAUCUUCGAGCCUCGCGAUCUACCCUCGUUGUAGUUGUAAACUCGAAAACUUGAAUAGGACUCGGACUCGCGAGCUUCCCCUUUCUCUUUCGCUCUUCUCGGCUUAAAAGCGAAUUCGAUUUGAAUCACAUACCUUAUGUCUUUCACGAGCUAUUAUAAAUAGUCCAAGUAUUCUCCUCUUUUGUAUCAAAGUAAAUUUGAAAGAAUAGUUAUUCUGGGUACUCUUAGUUUUUUUAAUUAAAUUCGCGCAUGUAAAAUGUGAAAUGCUAUGAUUCUAACUCAAUUUGCCAGAGGCCAAGCAGACUGAAAGAGGUCGACUAUCGGAUUUAAGUCUUAAUACUAUUCGACGAAACGAGAUGCUCACAACGUAUUAUACAUAACUGUAAUUCUUCGACGCAUUUGAUGUUGAUGACAUGAUAAUCGUCACAUAUUUCUAGUCAUAUGUAUUCGACCGAAAUUUCGCGAACACAUUUUUCCGCGGAAGGACAAGCUGUGCAAGCUCGCGAAUUGAACUUCCGCGGAAUAAUGCAUACUUAUCCCCUCUCUCAGGACGCAAUUGAUCCCGGACGCAUUUUAUCGCGAUUGUCUCCUGUGAUCUUAAGAUUAACGCGCGUAGCCAGGACUCGUCGAGAAUGUGUCGCGUGUCUUCGUGAAGAUAGGUUUAAUCUGCUCAAGAUCGAACUUACACCGUUUGCUCUCUUUCUCUCCCCUCCCUCCUCUCUUUUCUCUAUCUCUCUUUCUCUCUCUUUUUCUCUACUUCUCUCUAUUUUCCUCUAUGUCUCUCUAUGUCUCUCUCGUUUCUGCGACAUUUAUCUUCCAUGGAUGGGGGAGAAUCGAGUCAACAUCGUCAUACAGCCCGCUAUAACUUCAGGGUAACGUAAUGCAUUUUUUAUCGCGCGCACUUUUCUACAAUCAUCUGUAGUCCGCGAGUUUUCUCCUCGGAAAGGACGAGGUCGCGAUAUCGUACGUACUUAUCACACGAAAAACGUGGAGAGUGUCGAGAAAGAGAAAGGGAGAGAAAAAGGAAAGUUUUUUAAGGGGAGGGGGGGAGAACCAUAAGGGUAUUUCGAUUCGUUCGAUUCUCAUCACACUUUUACGGAUUACCGAUGGACAGGGAUCUUCGCCACUUCUGGUGCGUCAUCCCCAUGGCGGAUAUUGAGCUACUGCCAGCGAGAACACACCAAAGAUCGAAUGUGCGUUGAAGCCAACUAAUCUGACGAUCACCAAAGAAAAGAAUGACAUUCAAUCCACACGAAUCACAUGCAUACGCACACAUGAUUACACCGAUACGCGCACGUACAUACAUUAUACGUGUACAGAGAUACGCACACACACACACACACAUACACGCACACGCAUACCCACGCUGACGCAAAGCGCGUACGCUCGUGUAGAAUCUAGUCAUCGUCACGCGGAAACGCGCGAUCGUGGAAGAAAAUGGCCUAAACACGAGAAAAAAAUAUACCAAGUGUCCCUCGAACUCGCGUGACAAGUCGAGGCUGUCGCAUCGAAAUUGAACUGUCAUCGUAGAUGCGUGAUGAGAGCGUGAUGAAAGAGGAGGCACGCGGGGAGAAAAAAGAGAGAAAGGGAGAAAGAGAGAGAGAAAUUUUACGGAAGCUCGACGAAAAGCGGCGAGACGUCGCGGUGCGGACGCGUCUUUUAACAUUAAUUCAGAUACAAGGAAAGUAUGGAAUAGGAAUAUUUAAAAUAAAAUAAAUUUAAAAAGACAGACACGGCGAAACAUUCGAGUGUCAUUGACGUUUGUAAGCAAUCGGAAUGCGCGAUCGGAAAGCUAGAACGUCAUUAGCACCGCGACGCCCGCUUGCCAUCAGGAUUUCUUCUCGGCCGCGAUGCGCUUCGACUCGGACAAUUCAUUUCGCCCUCGGGGUUUUAUCUUCCGCUUCCAGAAGUGUCGCCCGAAUAUCCCCUAUAGUCCGUUUACAUCUGAGAUCUAUUGCAGUACGUGCAUAGCGCUGUGUUUGACAAUGAUGAGUAAUGGCAAGCACCAGAGAGUCUUCUCGGAACGCUACAAUGAAGAAAUAUGGGAAAGUGCCAGAAACUCACGUGACUAAUGUUAAAUGCAGAGAUUAAUAGCCAGCUUAAUGUAAAGUAAUGUCCCGGAGAAGCUCCUCCGGCGUUCAUAAUUAUGUCAGACACAAGUCACGCGCAAAUAAAUGUCAGAUGUAAACCUGCCGCCGACUGUUAGCAUCUCGUCUCACGUCGCGUGAGAUCGAUCUCUGCGUCACGAUCGGGGAAGAGAACGACGCAAGCUCGCAAGCUCAAGAGGCUCAUAUUAUUUACGUACUUAUUCUUUUAUUCCCCCCCUCUCCUCCUCCUCGUGAAACAAUAUACUCUCAGGAAUUCGCUGGAACGCAUCGGCGAACGACGUACGUAACAUUCGCCGCUCAAUGAAACGACCAAAGAAAAGAGCGAUAAAAUUUCGAGCGCAUCGCGGCGCACCCGCGCGAUCUCCAUUUGCGACAUAGAAUCGGUAUUACACGUCGCGACAGGUAGACAUUGUCAACCAUUAUACAUAACGCAUAAGAAAAGACGCGCGUGCUCACCCCGAGAUUGAUCACCGUGAUCGGGAAGCGCGAGACGAUAUAUGAACGCGCGUCUCUCUAGUCAAAUCGAAGUCGUCGGUAUCGUCGCGAGCGGAUAGCACAAGCGACAACACUCAGUCAGUCAGCGUUUGGCUACUGCCCUGUAGAUAAUAUAUAGAUAGGCAUAAUGAACGAAAAGAAAAGAAAAAUGAUUAUAAAUAUAAAUAUAUAAAUAUAUAUAUAUAUAUAUAUAUAAAUAUAAAGAGAGAAAAAAAUAUAUAUAUAAAUAUACAGAAAAAUAUGUGCUAUGUUCCACAUAGGUGCCGAAUGCGAGCGUGCGAGAGAAACCGUGAGAGAGAAUGCGAGAGAGUGAUGUGUGAGUCUUUUUAAAUCUUCGAUUCUUUGUUCGACGCGAGGACAGCCCGUCCACCGCGACCGAAAGCGAAAGACGACGGUACCUAGUGGAGAUCUCAAGUCGAUCUUAAUUCUAGCAUCGACGCCGUGCUUGCGUGACACCGAUGCGGAAGACGAACGUGAUACAGUGAAGAUCGUAAGCAGUGAGAAUUGUGCGAUUAGAUCAAGAGAGAAGAGGAUAGAACGACAAUGAUAUAAAUAGACUUAAAUGUCCCUUUUAGGACUUGUAAAUGCAAUAUUAUCUUAUUAUUAUUGUCAUUGUUAAUAUAUUGUUAUAGAUAAUUAUUAUUACUAUUAUGCGACUCUCUCUCUCUAUUGUUAUUAUUAUAUUUAUUAUUAUAAAUCUUUGUUUCAUUGAUUUCUGUUUGCUGCAAAACUUUUGCAAGCAAGUCGCAAGAAUGUAUGUGAUAUAGAAAUUUUGUGAUAUAGACGUUAAAUGUCUUCGUCGAAGACACUCAGACUCUUCGUUCUCUCCUCUUCUGUCUUUAGUAGGGCUGUUCAUUUAGGACCUCAACGCGACUUCCAGAGGCCUCGCGUCGGCAUCGUCGAUGAAAUUAAGCGGUGAGAUUGCUCGAACGUCGUCUUCACUAAUAAACGCACAAUUUUCUCAAAAA